AUAAAAUAGAAAGUUUCCAAUAUGGCCGGAGCUGCUAGUUCGCUGGGAAACAAUAGAAGCGGGGAAGAGGGACGAAGUUAACCUAAGUCCUGGUUCGCAUUGAACGGUUUUCUUCCCGACGUUGGCUUGGCCGCGGAGAAGAAGGAUUGUCCGCCGUGUUGAUUUAAACUUAGUUAAAGUAUGAGCCUUUAUUUAAAUGUUUCAGGCCCGUCGACCCAAAACACAGCGGCUAACGGCUACAGGGAGGCGGAGAAUCAGCUGCUGUUCACCGGACAGAUGCUGUAGGGAAAACGGGCUGCUACAUUUUCACAUGAGUGCCGCUGUGACUGAAGGCCGUUAGCGAGACAAAGGUCGCCUCCAUGGAGCCAGCACAGGAGUCUUUGUAAAGGGCCAGGGGGGUGUAUAGACGCCCAGAGUGACAGAGAGCCAUAAUCAGCAUUUUAUGGACGAAACCUGAGGCGGGAGUUCACUGCAGGUCUUUAUUGAUGAUGGCGGAUUUUGUUACAACGCGACACAGCGCGGUGAUGGAGCGGCUCCGCCGACGGAUCGAGCAGUUCCGGCAGCAUCACAACACCUGCGAAACCCGCUACGAGGGCGCAGCAAUCGAGCGGCUGGAGCUGGAACGGCAGCAAACCAACAACCUGCACCAGCGAUUGCUCCAGAACAAAGCCAAGCGGGCCAGCAAGCACCGGCAGCCGCAGCCAAGCGUAGACCAGGACGCCCAGAGAGCGCCGGGAGGCGGCGCGGAGAGCGGAGGGACGCCGGCGGAGCAGAACCGGAACAGCAACCGGCCAGUGCUUGAUGCGGUGAAGAGGAAGAUUGAGAGUGGUGGCUCUCCUCUGAGCAACGGGUUACCAGAUGGCCUCUCUUCCAGUAAGAAGGCAUGUCCAGAUAACGGACCUGCCAAUGGCUCCACUAUGGACCCAAAACUGGGUCACGGUGAUCGGAACUCCAACGGGACACACCGACCUGCAGGGGAGACGGUGGAUGUCAGUGGGGAAUCAGACUUCCGUCAGAAAGAGAUGAAGCAGGAGCCGGAGGACAUCCUGCCCAUCGUGCCUCCGUCGGUAGCCGGUAACAACGGCCUGUUCCUAGACCUGAACCUGAACGAGCAAGAGUGGAAGGAGCUGAUAGAGGACCUGAACUGCUCUGUACCCAUCGAGGACAUCCAGGAUAUCCUGAACUACGGCUUUGAGGACAGGAGAGAUCCUCUGGAGCUGGCUCCGACUCCAGCAGGUGGUGGAGCUGUGGGGGCCGGAGCAGCCGCAGGGGGAGGUGGGGGCCAGUCAUCCCAGAGUCUGCGUCCGGUUAAGGCAGAGUUUUCCCCGGCCUCGGCGGUCUUUGAGCAGGACUCUCGUACCGGCUCCCCCCAUGUCAGGUCCACCUCCUCAGGACCGCCUCCCCACCCGACCAGCUCCCCUGUUGCUGCCUCCUCUGCUUCCUCUCCUGUUCUCCCCCAGUCGCAGCCAGCUCCUCCCCCCAGGCAGCUCCAGCCCCCUCCCAACCAUCUCCUCCCUCCUGGACCCCCAGUAUCCAAAGACUUGUCCCCUGCUCAGCAGCUCCAGCAGCUGGCUGCCCAGCAGCAGAGAGCCCAGCACAUCCAGGGCAAGAUGCAGCACAAACAGCCACAGCCAGGGGCCAAGUUUUCGAACCAGGGGCCACACAGUCACCCCCCACCCUGGACUCAGAUGGCCAACGGUUCUCAGAGCUCCUUUGGUAUGGACAAGCCCACAAGCCCCACCCUGUACCCCUCAGACUUUAACCCAAGCAGUCAAAAGCAGCUACUGAUGCCUGCUCAGCCCAACAAAGGUUCACCAAAGGCAGGGGCUGGCAGCUACAUGCCGGGGCCCACUGGGUCCCCUAACAUCAUGAAUCACCUGUCUUCAGGGCCCCCUUUAAGCCACCCGCCUGCACAAGGUGCUCAGACCCCUGCACAGCAUCUGAACUACAAGAACACCUUACCUCUGUCACACUUUGAGGCAGGCCCGGGGCCUCCACGGGCCCCCAACAACCAGAUCCAGGACAAGCAGGCCCUGCUGAAUCUGCUCCGACAGCAGAAGAGCAACAUGAACUUCAGGCAGCAUAUCCCCCACCCUCAGGAUCAGAACAGCUUCUCUGCUCCUCCACACGUCACGUGCCCCGCUAACACUGGCAACAACCCCAUGGCAUCAGCGCAGGGGGCCAACACCAUGGCAGGUAACCAUGGAAACGCUGCGUUCCAGAUGGCAGCAAUGAAGCAGCAGAUUCUGGAGCAGAAGAAACAACAACAGCAGCAGCAAUUCCUGCAGAGACAGCUCCUGGCUGAACAGGAAAAGCAGCAGUUGCAGAGACAUCUGACCCGACCUCCCCCACAGUACCAGGACCAGACGGGACCAGCAAGUCAGAACCCUUUCCCUCAACAGUCAGUUGGACAGUUUACAGCUUCUUCUCAGUCAAUGAGCAACAUCGGUUCCAUGGGAGGCCCCGCCCCAGGAUCCCGCAUGUUCCUCCAGAACCAAGGCAUGAUGGGAAUGACAAUGGCCCAGGGAGGGGGGCCGGGUGGCGGUGUGGCCUCAGCCACUGCCGUGAGUCAGGCUGACAUCAGUCUGCCAUCCUGUGGAGGUGGAGGGGGCGGAGCCAGUGUGGACUCUCUCUACAACAACAUGAACCUGCACCCCAGCCAGCAGGCCAACCUACAACGCCAGCCUCUGGGUCCCAUGAGCACCUCCUACAGGCAGCUGCAGCAGCAGCAGCUCCUGAAGCAGCAGCAGCAGCAGCAGCAGCAGCCCAACGCCGCCAUGUUAAAACAGCAGCAGCAGAUGGCUGCCAGCCGCAUGCCAAACAGCAUGCAGGGCAGCAUGGGGGCCGGGAUGGCUGGAACCAUGCAAGGGGGGCAGGGCAGCGCAUGGCAGCAGCAGAUCACCAACCAGCCGCCCUCUGCUAAUUCCGGCAUGCACUCCAACGCCUUCAACAACAACGGCUUCCAUAUGCAGCAGCCUCGCAUCCCCAAGAUGGCCGCUGGUUCUGCCUCUUUUGGCCCUGGCUCCAGUGGACGCCCUAUGACUGGUCUAAAUGCUGCGCAGCAGAUGAUGCAGACAAACAUGGCUGCCCAGCAGAGGGCACCACCGGCGGCCCACAGCCUCGGCCAGCAGCAGCAGAGUCAGCAGCAGCCGGCCAAUCAGAGCCAGGCAGUCCUCUCAGACCUGGCAGCAUUCGGACAGGGAAGCAGCCGCCAGGCAAUGCAGUGUAACCAAGGUUACCAGGUGAGCAGGACUGCCAGCCAGCAACAGCAGGUGUCAUUCGGUUACAACGCAGCGGCGGGGAGCUUCGCCGCAGAAAGUGAGCUAGUCGAUUCACUGCUGAAGGCUCAGAGCACGCAGGAGUGGAUGGCCGACCUGGACGAGCUGCUCGCCAGCCACCCGUAAGACACGGCGCCCCAGCUGAGAAGGAUCUGAUCCAAGGUUCAGAUGGGAAAGAGGGCAGCAAUUUUACUUAGAUGGGCCAGAUGAGUUCACUGCACACUGCUGACCCCGGAAUAGCUGAAAAAAAAAUCUAAUGUGGUGAGUGAUAGAAGGUGAACAGUGAAGUAACCCUCCUGAUAGAGCCAGAUCGGAUCAGAACCCCCAUCAUGUAACUCCAAAUCACAGCACAAAGACAAAACAGCAUUAAUUAUUGCAUUACUUCCUCCAAAGAGUCACUUCCGGGGGAAAGCAGACAUUUAAAUGAGUUGAUGCAACUUCUGGCCUAAUUCAUUCAGUGAAAGCAUGAAGUGAUGAGGGCAGUGCUCUGGUAUCAUGGCAGAUGCUGGUUUGGAUCAUGAAUUAGUGAUCAGAACCAACGGUUUAAUUUGAAGGGACCAAAAUGAGUUUCAGCUCUAGUGGUUAAACAUCUUCAGCAGGAUGACACCACUUCAUCUGUUGUUCACUACUGUGUAAUCAGAAUUUUUCAUCAUUAUCAUUUCAUGCUGAAUCAUCAUGAAUGGUUAGGAAAAAAAGGUUGAGAAGUGAAGUUAGGGAUGCCACCAUCUUUAUUGGCUUUACUGCUGAUUUUCUAUGAAAAUCAGCCACCUUAGCUGAUAUCAUUCAUUGGUUAAAACAUCCAGAGCUAAAACUUUCAUCAACUCCCAGUCAAAUCGCAGCAUUUGCCUCAAAAUGUUUUGAAUAUUUUGUGGAUGUCCAGUCAUCUCAUAAUUACAAAGAAAUCCUGUUUAUCUAAAGCCACAAAAACAAAGAUCUAAUGCAGGCGGGAUGCCUUAACGAUGAGUCCCAGGCAUCCCAGUAGAACUUCCUGCUCCCCUUCCUGAAACUGUAGAGUUGGCAUGUCUGGAUGUUGAUCUGAUCGCAUCAGGCUGCAAACCGUGUGGCGUUUAUAGACUGAGACUACUACUGAACCACUGUUCUCGCCCCCGGAGCGCCACCUGGAGGCUGGCAGCACGGCCCUGGGGAGCGAGAUGUUUUAAUGGACAGCAGCUGAAGUUCAUUCACCCUGAAGCCUCCAUGAGGUUCCUCUGUUGGCUCCCAUGUAGAAGGUUCAUUUUCAUACUGUAGGGAAAUUUAUGGAAACAACACAAAGUCUAACAUCUUCAACAAGAGUUGGUUCCGUUUAUGCAAACUAGUUUCUCCCCUCUGAAUAUUUUUAGUCCCUGGGCUGCAGCUUGUUGAUCAGUCUGAUAAAUCCACUGCAAUAACUGCAUUUAUAUUCUGGUUAGAAAUUAACCUAAAGGAAAAGAAACCUGUUGCAGUGCUGCGCUUCUGAGGAUGAGACCUGGAGCCCUAAAUCUGGUCUGCUAGAUUGCAUGUUAGCCUUCAGGAGGUUGUAGCAAAGAUUUCAGCUUCAGGGACUAAAAUUGUUUUUGUUUUUUGUUUUAGAAAAGGAGGAAUUCAACUUCUUUCCUUCUGUUAAAUUUGUUAAAGUUUGAGCUGCGUCAACUGGUUUGUUUUCUCUCCAUUUGCAAAAUAUGUUAUAAAUCUGAAGCAGGUAUAGAUAAAAAAAAAUGAAGUUAAAUAAUUGAGUUUAUUAUUAUGAGUUCAUUCUAAAGCUUAAAGUUCUGAUGGGAGAUUCUAACAGAUCAUUUAGUGUAACCGAAUUGGAAACAUCUGUAAGAACGCAGCGUUGGUCUUCCAGGGAUCCUUCCUUAGACUUUUAAAAGCGUAUUCUGGUCUCUUUCAAACCUCUGACCCUGACAGCCGUCUGGUUUUAAGGUGGCCUUGGAUUAUCUACUGUACUGUUUCUGUCUCCAUCCACGUUUCCAGUCUCUGCAGACAACUUGUACGUUUGAUUUGUGACAGUUUUCACUCUCCAUCUGCAGAGUCUGCCGACUUUUCUAGGCCCAACUGUUGUGAACUGACUAUGUAUAAAUGUUUAUAAAUAUAUUUUUUGUUAUGUAAACCUUUCUUAAUGAUGUGGAGAAGAUAGAAGUUAUUUUUAUAUAUUGCAGCUGAAUUUUGUAAGUAUUUUAUACUUUUGAUAUGGUUCUCUGUAAAACAAGAUUAUUGUGUAAAUA